AUGGCUGCAGGUGUAGAAGAUAUUUCUUUAAAAAAAAGAGUUCGUUCCUGCAACUGGGACGAAGAGGAAAAGAGACUUCUAAGAAUCCUUGUUUUAGAAAGAAUAGAUGUAAUUGAAAAUAAGGAUACAUCUACUAAUACAAAUACGAAAAAGAAAGCAUCAUGGCAAGAAAUUUUGUCCUGUUUCAAUAGUCUAAAUAAAAAAAAGCGGGAUCUCAAAGAGUUAACAACCCAGUGGAGAAAUACGAAGGGCAAAGUAAAAUCCAGAGAGAGUGAGUACAAACGGGCUAAAUUAAUGACAGGUGGAGGACCUCCACCACCAAGCCCACCACCGGAAGAUCUAGCAAUAAUUCAGGCGACUCCGAAUGAAUGUAUUGUUGAUUCAAAUCAAUUUGAUAGCGACAGCGUGCAUAUCACAAAAAUCCAUGAGUCACUGACAUCAGGAAACAUAAAUUUAUCUCCAAUUGAUGAUCCUUGGACGCCAAUGCCAGGCACAAGUAACCAACUUAAGGAAACUAAACAGAUAUCUGAAGAUGUUGGUCAGCCAGAAACAAACAAAGGUAUUUUGUGUUCUGCAUCCAACCGUGUGCAUAACACAUUCUCAAAGAAGAAAUGCAUACCAAAGAAAAAUAAGAAUAAUGUUGAGAACUAUGAGCGAGAACUAUUUCUUUUGGUCAAAAAAUCUAGGGAGAGAGAAUAUGAACGAGCUGAAGAAAUACAUAAAAAGAAAAUGAGUAUUUUGGAUUUAGAGUAUGAAUACUGGAAAAAGAAAAUAAAUAAAAUUGAGUAG